AGCCUGACUGAGACCGAUGGGCGAGGGUAGGGAGUAAGAAGAGAGGGAGAAAAAGAAAAGAAAACAGAAACACCGCUUUUACACCUCGACUUGUGCGGAUUACGUGGAUUUAGCAUCCUUGUAUUUCGUGUCUGUCUCAUCGGACACUUUGGUUUGUUUUUCCUUUCUUUUUUUCCGUUGCGUUACGGGACACGCAUCACCGCUCGGCAAGUAUCCUCCCCUCCGGAGUCACCUCGCACGCACUCGGUUGCGUCGUCGUCGUCAUCGUCGUCGUCGUCAAACCGGCUGUAAAGGGACUCCGCAAUCAUGGCUAGUGUCUCCUAUCAAAUAGCAAAUCUGUUGGAGAAGAUGACGUCCAGCGAUAAAGAUUUUAGAUUUAUGGCAACUAAUGAUUUAAUGAGUGAACUGCAGAAGGACAGCAUCAAACUGGAUGACGAUUCCGAACGCAAAGUUGUAAAGAUGCUUCUUAAAUUAUUAGAGGAUAAGAACGGAGAAGUGCAGAAUCUUGCAGUCAAAUGUUUGGGCCCAUUAGUCAAUAAAGUAAAGGACUACCAAGUGGAGACUAUUGUAGAUGCUCUGUGUACCAACAUGGUGUCAGACAAGGAGCAAUUGCGCGAUAUCUCCAGCAUUGGCUUGAAGACUGUUAUUUCCGAACUUCCUGUGGGUUGUAGUGCAUUAGUUGCAAACGUUUGUAGACGCGUCACAAAUAAAUUAAGCAGUGCUAUUGAAAAGCAAGAAGAUGUAUCCGUACAGUUGGAGGCUCUCGAUAUUGUAGCAGACUUGUUAUCACGAUUUGGCGCCUUGUUAGUCACAUUUCAUCCUACAAUUUUGGCUGCAUUAUUACCACAACUUUCCUCGCCGCGACAAGCGGUCCGCAAACGCACUAUAGUAGCGUUGAGUCAUCUGUUGACGUCCAGCAACAAUUAUUUAUACAACAAAUUGCUAGAUCAUCUACUCGAAGGUCUUCAAACUCAAACAACAAAGAAUGUCAUACGUACCUAUAUUCAAUGCAUUGCCUCUAUCUGUCGACAGGCGGGUCAUAGAUUCGGCGAGCAAAUAGAACGUGUUAUGCCGUUGAUUGUUCAAUACAGUAACGAGGAUGACGAUGAGUUAAGGGAGUAUUGCUUGCAGGCAUUUGAGUCUUUUGUUUAUAGAUGUCCAAAAGAAAUUACACCACACAUAAACAAGAUUAUAGAUAUUUGCCUAAUAUACAUUACGUACGAUCCAAACUACAAUUACGAUGAUGAUGUCAAUGAUUUCUCUGAUGGAGAAAGUGCCGCAAUGGAGGUAGAAGAAGAUGGAGAAGAAGAUGGGGAAGAUGAAUAUUCUGAUGAUGAUGAUAUGAGUUGGAAAGUUCGUAGAGCCGCUGCAAAAUGUUUGGAAGCAGUUGUAUCUAGUAGAAGAGAGUUAUUAUCAGAUUUUUAUAGAGGGGUUUCUCCCGCACUAAUUGCCAGGUUUAAAGAAAGGGAAGAGAAUGUCAAGUCAGACAUCUUUCACGCGUAUAUUGCUUUAUUAAGACAAACAAGGCCGGCUACCGGUGUGGCUCUUGAUCCUGAUGCAAUGGAGGACGACGACGGGCCCAUUUCGUUGCUGCAGCAACAAGUACCACUAAUAGUGAAGGCAGUUCAUCGUCAAAUGAAGGAAAAGAGUAUCAAAACGAGACAAGAUUGCUUCUCUCUGCUGAAAGAAUUGGUGCUCGUUUUGCCAGGGGCUUUAACGAAUCAUAUUCCAGCGCUGAUUCCUGGCAUACAGUAUUCUCUGGGAGACAAGAAUUCUUCCUCAAAUAUGAAGAUUGAUACUCUAGCCUUCGUGCACACAUUACUAGUGACGCAUCAACCCGAAGCGUUUCACGUUCACAUGCCCGUUCUGGCACCUUCGAUUAUAUUAGCUGUGGGAGAUUCGUUCUACAAAAUCGCCGCCGAGGCGUUGCUUGUGUUGCAACAGCUCGUACAAGUUAUCAGACCUCAUGAUAAACCAUUUUAUCGCGGUUUCACCUCAUUAUCCAACGAAAUAUAUCAUUGUACCUUAAUGAGGCUGAAAACGGCAGAUAUCGAUCAAGAGGUGAAGGAAAGAGCAAUCGCCUGUAUGGGACAGAUCCUUGCGCACUUCGGAGAUACUCUGUCGGAUAAAUUACACGUAUGCCUACCUAUUUUUCUCGAUAGGUUGCGCAACGAGAUAACAAGGCUUACCACUGUCAAGGCUCUAACUUGCAUAGCCGCAUCUCCCCUGAGAGUCGAUCUGAAACCGAUAAUGGAAGAAGCAAUACCUAUACUUGGAUCUUUUUUAAGAAAAAAUCAACGAGCUUUGAAACUCUCCUCUCUUCCCCUUCUAGACACAUUAGUAUGCAAUUAUAGCUCGGUUUUGCAUUCGGAUUUACUUGACAAGGUUACUGCGGAACUACCUGCAUUACUAAACGAGUCAGAUCUGCACAUCGCUCAAUUAACGCUGAAUCUUCUCACCACCAUAGCAAAGUUACAUCCUGCUGCUCUGACCAGGGUCUCUGAUUACAUCUUGCCAGAAAUACUCAUCCUAGUAAAAUCGCCGCUUCUUCAAGGUGUUGCAUUAAAUUCACUACUUGAGUUCUUCCAAGCUUUGGUUCAAGCAAAUCUGCCAGGUUUGGGAUAUAGAGAUCUUCUUGGAAAGUUAAUAGCUCCAGUUACCUCAUCCCCGCUUCAUAAGCAAGCUUAUCACUCACUGGCCAAGUGUGCAGCCGCACUGACAAUCACGUGGCACGAUGAGGCGCAAUGUAUUGUACAGCAAUUACUGAAGGACGUUCAGAAUCCAUCGGAUAUUCAAAACGUCGCCCAGCACAUAUUCGCCUUGCUGGUUAUUGGAGAGAUAGGAAGACACGUAGAUUUAAGUGGAAUUAAUUCGUUGAAGCAUACGAUUUUAAAUUCAUUCUCAUCUCAUUCGGAAGAAGUCAAGUCCGCAGCCAGUUAUACGCUGGGAAAUAUCGCGAUUGGGAAUCUUCCUGAAUAUUUGCCUUUUAUACUUCAAGAAAUUGAGGCACAGCCUAAGCGUCAAUAUCUGCUUCUGCAUUCGUUGAAAGAGAUUAUUACAAGUCAAUCGGCCAGUCCAUCUGGCGUGUCACACCUGCAAAAUUUCGUGCCUUCGAUCUGGAUGCUUUUAUACAGGCAUUGCGAAUGCACGGAAGAAGGUACUCGUAAUGUCGUGGCCGAGUGUCUUGGUAAAUUGACGUUAAUCGAUCCCGCCACUCUGUUACCAAGACUACAAGAAUCAUUAAAAUCACCGUCAGCUCUUAUGAGAACAACGACAGUUACAGCUGUUAAAUUUACCAUUUCUGAUCAGCCACAACCAAUUGAUGCGAUGUUGAAGCAAUGUAUGGGUAAUUUCUUGGUUGCUUUGGAGGAUCCUGAUCUUAACGUACGUAGGGUAGCAUUAGUCGCAUUCAAUUCUGCCGCACACAACAAACCUAUGCUGAUAAGGGAUCUCUUAGAUGCAGUACUACCGCAUCUUUACGCAGAAACUAAAAUUAAGAAAGAACUGAUCAGAGAAGUCGAAAUGGGUCCGUUCAAACACACAGUGGACGAUGGAUUGGAUCUUCGUAAAGCAGCGUUUGAGUGCAUGUACACGUUGCUGGAUUCGUGUCUCGACAGGCUGGACGUUUUCGAGUUUCUAAAUCACGUGGAGAACGGUCUUAGAGAUCAUUACGACAUCAAGAUGCUAACUUAUCUUAUGACCGCGCGACUCGCACAACUUUGUCCAACCGCAGUUUUGCAGAGGUUGGAGCGAUUAGUCGAGCCGCUGAAAAGCACUUGCACGAUGAAGGUAAAGGCGAACUCAGUGAAACAGGAGUACGAGAAGCAAGAUGAAUUGAAGCGUUCUGCACUGAGAGCUGUUGCAGCGUUGUUGACUAUUCCCGAUGCAGAUAAAAAUCCAUCGUUGAGCGAAUUUGUCACGCAGAUUAAGGCUACGCAGGAUCUGCUACCGCUCUUCGAGAUAAUACAAAAGGAUUGUACCGGCAGUAACAUGAACGAGGCAAACGCGAUGGAUCAGAGCUAAAAACAAUUGACUUAAUUCUUUUUUGUAUCUCGUGUAGAUGAACGUGGGUUAAGCGCAUUCGUGAUCAUAUUCUAUCCAUAGUUUAUUUCUAUACAUUAUUUUUUCAUUAUUAUAUCUUCGAUUUGAAGAUAAUUUCUAAUAAAUGUGAAUUUAAUGUAGCACAUCAUGUAUAAAUUUUAAAAUAAAUUUGCCGGCAAUAAUCAUUUUAUCAUUA